CAGACGUUCACAUCAACAACAGAAUAUUGCAGCCUGCUAGAAUCAAACGACCGUUAGUUUCCUCAACAAUCAACAACACUUUUCUGUGCUAUCCCAAACUCCCACCUGGGGAUCGGUGCAUUGCUAAGACAUCAUAAUUUGAACCUCUUGGUUCGGGGUCCAGUUGCCCAAAUUUCACGGUCUUCCAUUUACUCAUAUUCUCACAAACCAAACGAGUAUUCGUCUCGCUAAUUAUCAUGGACACUGACCCGUCAUACAUUGUGCAGCAUCUUCGAUCCAUUGUGAUCCACUCCCUUGAUAGCUUCAAUUUGAAAAAUGCAGAGUUUGCUGCAGAACGGCUUGUGGCUAUUGCCCCAGAUGACCCAAAUUCUAUAUACUUGUACGCUCUCACACUCUAUCGUCAAGGAAAAUACAAGACUGCUUUCAAUAGAAGCAAUGAGGGGCUUCAACAUGGAAUUAAUCAUUUGGGAUGUGCUUACAUAUUUGCCCGACUGUGUUUGCACCUUCAGAAAUACAAAGAGGGAAUCUACAGGCUCGUGAAUGUUGCUCACUUAUACAACGAAAGCGCCCACAAAUUUGAUGAGAGCGACACGGUAUUAGAAGAGCAUAGUUUCACAAAACUUUCAUCGUAUAAGGGCCAUCAAGGUGGCCUACCUACAAUAAGUAGCUCGCUGCUUUCCCCCGGUUUCCACUUGCCUUCAGUCAGACACAACUACGAGUUUUCACGCUCGAUAUAUCCGGAGUCUUCAGCGAUAUACCACUUGUUGGGCGAUCUUUAUAAAGCUCUGGGUGAUAGCAAAAACAGCAUAUUGAAUUACCAGCAGGCUCUCCGCUUCAAUGCGUUUGACUUUGAAGCAUUUCAAGAAUUGUCGAAGUUAGGUGCGGAGUUGUCUGUGAAGUCUUUGUACAAGUUUCCUUCCCAUAUCAAGCAUGGUGCUCAAGACAAUGUACCAAAAUACUCUGCGUCAAAUUCCAGCUUUUUCCCGAGAAACGGUUACUCCGACACUAAGUAUUCAGAAAAGCCAGAUGGUUCAGGUGUGCCCAACCCGUUCUCCACGACGCCUCGUCAGAAUAAUACAGUCCUGGAAAUUUCAACUCCACAGAUUAAUACCACGACUAUUCCAGACGCUCCAAUGCGUCGCACGCAUGGUCAAGAAGAGCACACACAAACAGGCCUCCUUGUUCCGGUUUCAAAACUUGGAGAACGAAAGACGCCAACUGCGGCAAAUAAACCCUUCCCAUACAUGAAGCGAAAACCUGAAUUGACUGUCUCAGAAGGAGCUAGGGGCUCGAAAAGAUCUGCAUCACUGGGGCUUCUUGCACCUUCAAAUUCUUAUCGUACAGCCCCGCUGAAAGACGUUGAGGUGGCAGAUGCAUACCUACGUCAGCUUUAUUGCAUUUUUGCUAAACUGUUCAAGUCUUUUCUGAAAUACGACUGUUACAAGGCUAUACGUGUUCUAGAAACUCUUCCAGAAAACGAGCAAAACACCCCAUGGGUUCUUUCCAUGCUCGGAAGGCUCCAUUAUGAGAUUGUUAAUUACAAACAGUCCAAGAAGUAUUUUGUGGCAUUGCGGCAACAAGACCGCACGCGUUUGGAAGACAUGGAGUAUUAUUCCACCCUUCUUUGGCAUCUACACAAAAAAGUCGAACUCACGUAUUUGGCUAAUGAACUCCACGACAUAGAUGAAAAUCUGGCCAUCACCUGGUGUGUCAUGGGAAACCUUUUCUCUCUCACCAGAGAAGCAGAUGAAGCAAUCAGAUGCUUUAACAAGUCAUUAGCAAUUGACCCAAAGUUCACUUACGCGUAUACCUUAAGAGGCCAUGAAUAUUUCAGCAACGACAACUACGAGAAGGCGCUUGAGUGCUUUCGAUAUAGUAUUCUUCUAGACGCUCGGCAUUACAAUGCCUUCUAUGGCAUAGGCAUGGUCUACAUCAACUUGGGAGAAUAUCAAAAGGCAGAUUACCACUUUAAGAAAGCAGUUGCUAUCAAUCCGAUCAACAUAAUCUUGAUAUGUUGUGUCGGAAUGGUGUUAGAAAAACUAGGCAAAAAAACACUCGCCCUACGUCAAUACGAAUUGGCGAAUAAGUUACAACCUUUAAGUGCAUUACCGAUAUUCAAAAAAGCACAAUUGCUUUUUGCGAUGCAGCAGUUUCCCCAAGCACUUGAACAAUUCGAGAUCGUUAAAGAACUUGCUCCAAAUGAGGCAUCUGUUCAUUUUCUUCUUGGGCAGUUAUACAAUCUUCAAAAGGAUAAGUUUCUGGCGAUCAGAGAAUUUACGAUCGCAUUGAAUUUGGAUCCCAAAGGAAAUUACUUGAUCCGUGAAGCGAUGGAAACUCUUAAAGAUUGAUAGUGAGAGGUUGGCAUGUCAUUGAGAUAAGAACUGUACCUAGAUAAUAUCACUUAUUACCAUGUCGUGCUUCCGUAGGUGCUUUACUAUUCUUGAAACUCUAAGCCAUU